AAAACCACCCAAAUACCGCAUUCCACAAGGUGCCGCCAUCAUGAUCGCCAACUUGGGACUUCCUCCGAAGCGCAGUCCGCUCGAUCGAUCAUACUCGAGUCCCGAGGUCCAAGUGACGUCUCUCCAACCCACGCAGCGGUGUCCGCGCUUCUCCCAUCGCUCGUCGACGCUCCCGCCGUCGUCGCCUGUCCACGACCCUCCCGUGGAUGUGUUCUUAGGCGGGAGCUGCAACCCGACGACGUGGCGCCGCGAUGUGGCCAUUCCCCGUCUCGAUGCGGCCGGCAUUUCGUUCUACAACCCGCAGGUGGACGAGUGGUACGAAGACCUCAUUGCCGUGGAAUCUCGCGCCAAAGACACAGCGUCCGUGGUUCUAUUCGUCAUCGACAACUGCACACGGGCAAUCGUGAGCAUGAACGAAGCCGCCGAGUUCAUGUGUUGCGGUCGGACCGUGCUGCUCGUCGUCGAGGACAUGCCAUUGCACGAGCAAGUGCUCCUCGAAGGCACGUGCUUGUCGUCGCUCGAGAUCGCCGACUUGAACGACGCGCGCGCAUGUUUACGGCAUUUCUCCAUGGAGUACCCGCACACGACGCUGUGUUCGUCCGUAGAGGCGGCCGUGGACAUUCUAUCGGCGCACCUGGCUUCCUCUUCCAGGUUGGACCCCCGCCGUUCAUUCUCACUUCGGUCGGCGCGGCUGCGCAAGCGGUCUUCCGUGGUGCUUAGCCGCAUGAAGAAGAAGACGCCGCCGAACGCCUUUCAACGAUCGAGUUCGUCCAGCUCUGUCAUCGAGUACGACGGCGGUAGCAGUUCCGACAUCGACCACACGAUUGAGCUCGUGUACUUGGGCGGGAACGUCACCAACACCAACUGGCGCGCGACUCUGGCCAUCCCGCGCCUCCAAAUGGCGGGGCUGCCGUACUACAGUCCCUUGGGCGACUGCUCUAAGAUGGACUCACUCAUGAAGGUCAAGGCAGGUCUUGUGCUUAUGGUCAUUCCCAACACAUGCAGAAGCAUCGCCGCCAUGAUCGAUACGAUCGCGCUCGUAUGCAGUGGACGCGCCGUGAUUCUGGUCAUCGAGCCCAUGAUUGAAGGGCUCGUGGUGGUGGAGGAUGGCCGUGCCGUGACCGGCCGCGAGUUUAAAGACCUCGUCCGCGCCAGAAUGUACCUCGAGGAAACAGCUUCGAGACAUGACAUUUGCACAUUUGAGUCGGUAGCAGAUGCCGUGGACGCCAUCGUCGCCAAAGCAGCAGCUGCGAGUAGAAAGUAAAGGGAGUAAGUAGGCAACGUUAGAUCAGUACUAGUACAAAGCCAGUUGUUGCAGUGAUCAAGUUCACUGUGGUGCAAACUUUGAAGGGCU